AUGGAAGAAUUACUGUUGCGACGAAUCAAUGCGGCCGCAGCCCUGCGCGCCAUUCCCCGGUCGCCCGGCGUCGUGCUUUUUUUCCAUUCGGAUGUGAAGCCCCUCGGUCCGGACGAGGAUGCGCGCGCGGCCCUGGACCAACACCAGCGCGGCAUCGGGCUGGGUGAUGUCAUUGCCUAUACUAGACACUUUCUCAAGGGCAGUGUCCGGAGACUGAUGUGUUGUAUCGCCCGUGUAAAUACGGUACAUCUUACAGUGUAUAUCUUCCUAGAUGAUGGACAUCCGAUGCCACCCGUUCUCGAGCCUCAGUUUCACAAUCGCGUUAGUUUCGAGUUCGCGACAAGUCACCAUCCCGACCGUUCGCCUCACCGGUUUUCGCGAGACCCCCGGUUCAUCUCAUUGCCGAGCUCGUCCCAACCCGCCUGCAUCAUCGUGCUCGUGGGUAUCAGCGGUGACGGUGAGCGCCGUCUGUACAUAUUACAGUUCAUCUAUUUUACCGUUGAUUACCGCGGGUUUCCCUUCCCACCUGACCCUCGGGACGUGGAAGGGAGGCCGAUUGGACCUGCCCCCUCUUUUUACCCUUUCGUCCACGACGAGGUUUGCUCAAAAAGUGACGCCGGUGAAGCCUGGGAAGCGAGGCGAUGGUUUUUUCUUGGCCUUCUCAACCCCGGCAUGGGGUUAAGGUUCUCUGGCUCUACAUGGCAGGGUCAGAGGGGAUGGGACGAGAUCGCAAUCGAAGAUCCAGGCGGGGACGAGGCGGCUGGGAGCCGUGGGACGGAGUGGAUCUGUAUUCGAAUACAAGAAAGGGGGGCAAAUCGAGUAUAA